GAAUUCGAGGCGUGGCUGUACUCUAAUGACAUUUUCUUUCCUUACUUGAAAAACCAUGUGUUGAACCGAACUAGCGUAGUAGCGUGACAGUCUCCACCAUCGCCGCGCAACCAACGCUCGGACGGACGGGACGCAACACAAAUAUAUGUUGAAUGAACUACUGGUAAAGACAAUUCACCGUUUCAAGAGUGAUGGCGGUUUUCGCAAACUAUACUUUUGGAAUAUUCAUGGAUUACCGCAAAAAUAUUUUAUAUCACUUUUGGGCGCACUAGAAUAGUGUACCUAAUGACACUUCUAUUUCCAACAACCGACUACAUUUUCUGAAAUGUUUGCUGAGAUGAAUAUGUACUACAUAGCAUUUGAAAUAUUAAUAGCAGUUUUUUCCAUCUCUGGGAAUGUGUUGGUUUGCUGGGCUGUCGCCAUCAACACCAAUUUGAAAACCGCUACGAACUAUUUUUUGGUGUCUUUAGCUGUGGCAGAUAUUUUGGUGGGUUGCCUUGCCAUCCCCUUUGCCAUAACCAUAAGCAUCGGUAUUGUUUUGGACUUCUAUGGAUGUCUUUUCCUUGCCUGUUUUGUACUGGUACUGACACAAAGCUCAAUUUUUAGCCUCCUUGCAGUUGCAGUUGACAGAUAUUUGGCUGUGAAAAUACCCCUCAGGUACAAGGAGCUGGUGACGGGAUCCCGGGCCAGAAUUAUCAUUGCCGUACUGUGGAUCUUGUCCUUUGUCAUUGGUCUCAUUCCAUUCCUGGGGUGGAACCGGAAAGGGACCACCUGCUGCCAGAAUGUCUCUUACAGCCAGACCGGCAGUGCUGCGCAGGACAACACCAGCACCACCGCCGGCCGUGAUCCGGACAGCGCAACGGACUGCCUGAAGAGCUGCAAACUCCCCUGCCUCUUUGAGAGUGUGGUAGACAUGCACUACAUGGUGUACUUCAACUUCUUCGGCUGCGUCCUGCCUCCUCUGUUCAUCAUGCUGGGCAUCUACGUGAAGAUCUUCACUGUGGCCCGCAAGCAGAUGCACGAGAUUGAGCUCAAGUGCUCGGUGAGCAGCAAUGGGGACAGCCAGCAUCAUGGGCUGCUGCAGCGUGAGAUCCGCGCUGCCAAGUCUCUUUCCAUCAUCGUAGGGCUGUUUGCCCUCUGCUGGCUGCCUGUGCACAUCCUCAACUGCCUGACCUUAUUCAAGGGCCUGUACAAGCAUCCCCUCGUCAUGUUCACAGCCAUCAUGCUGUCACACGCAAACUCGGCUGUCAACCCAGUCAUCUACGCCUACCGCAUCCAGGACUUCAGGAACACGUUCCGCAAGAUCCUGACACGUUAUGUCAUGUGUCAGAGGGAGGAGCUCUACCUGCACUCCUCCAAUGGGAGCAGUCGGAACAGAGACCAGAUUCACAUGACCAUUGACCCUUUAAUUUGAGGGUUACAGGGUCAUGAUAAUUUACUGUAAGGGCAGGGAACAUAAACGUGUGAAACACCUAGUCCCACGUACAUGACCAUUGACCCUUUACUUUAAGGGAAUGACUCUAGGAGAUCUUCAACUCUCCAAAACACUAUCUAUGUUAGCGUGAUUGUUGUGUUCUUAAAUGCAAUUUUACGUUAGAUUAUAAAUGUUUACAGAACAAGGAGAGUGUGUGUGAUGAUACGUGAAGCUGAAUAGAUUGUUAAAUAUGCCUUGAAUGUGGAGCAUUAUUUAUGAGUUAACCUGAAUAUCAGGGGAAAGUGAUGAAAAGCUAGCUUGGUCCCAGAUCUGCUUGGUCCCAGCUAACACAUCUAGGACAGGCUAGUGAAGUCAUCUUUAACUGUUGUGAAGGUUUUUUUAAGUUAUUGUAUUUUAUUCAAGCUAACUGGAUUUGCUGGACUGUGAAAUGAAUCCUUUAAUGAAUCAAUUAUAAUGAUAUAACACAUUUAACCAUUAUGAUAACACAUUUGACCAUAUCAUAACCUCAAAAGUAAUUUUUCUAAGCCUUAACUUAAAAGAAUAUGCCUCAAGUGUUCAAUGUUGUUUACCAAUGUUUUAUAUUUUUAUUUAAUUUUACAUAUAGCUGAAAAUGGAAAAACCUGGCUGAAGUUUAUAGUUGGUCAUUGGCUUUUUAUGAGGCGUCCUCAGUACUGGUGUCUUUAUAUGGGACUUUCUCAAUAUUGGUGUCUUUAUAUGACACUUCCUCAGUAGAUACUCAACACAGCUCAAGUAGGAAAGUAUUUUUAAACAAUAUAAUCUUCUGGAGUGUUAUUGUGCUUUCCUUGAAUUAUUUAGCAAAUAUCAUGGCUUUAGUGUCAUGAAGAAAGCUCAGGAAUAUGAAAAAUGUGGUAGGAUGAUGUGAAAAUACAUUACUGAGAAAAAAGCAUCAGUAUUUGAAAUUAUUGAUGGUUAAUUAGCAAUUCCUUUUCAAAAUCAUUGACUUACAUUAUUAUUCCUGACAGAAAUUAGGACAUUCCAGAUCAUUUUUAAUGUGGCCUUAAUCAUAAUAACCUAUUAUGUAAUGUAACAGUGAUGAAUUGCAUAUCUGAAUGUCAUACUAUUCCUCUGGCAUCCCUAGAAGACAUAUUAUACAACAGAAACACACCCAAAUCCACAGAGACACAGUGUUCUGAUCAUUUGCCCUAGUGGCAUAUUCCAUUCCACCACAGGCCACCUUUGUCAUUGUGUCAAGUGUGACUAGCUGUCUCUCUGUAAUGAAUGAAGAGAGAGGACAAGGGCACUGGAAUUUAAAGGGAUAGUUCAACCUAGAUUCUUUCUACACUACACCAUUAAGGGCAAUGCUGAGGUCUUUCUUUGUUGAACAAAUUAAAAACAAUGACUAGAUUGUAAGGAUGAAAUUCCAUUUACAUUAAGAUGCUCUUGAAGGCCCAUGGAGUCAAUUUUCACAAUAAGACAUUAUUCAUUUCUGUUGCAGCCAGGAAUUAGCAUUAUUAACAUAGUCCAAAUUCAUGAACUGAAACUGUGCGUCAUGAGGCACAAAAGCUGCAUUGCUAGGGGAAACAAACUCAAUAAACACAUCAAUCUAAAUUGAGUGAUCUGUCACGUAAGCAUAGGUAUUUUUGACUGCAUACUGACGAAACAGCUGGCAGAAUUAGGGGACUUCAAACUGGCACUACACAAAUUAUUUUCUGUAGCUACACACACAGCCUCUGUCAUUCAGGCAUAGAUGUAAAUUGGUAGAAAGUGGUUGCUAAGUGGUUGUUUAGAAAGUUACAACAAAACUUCCUCUUUCUGAAAAACAGAAACGCUGAGUGAUACCAUUUGUAAACAAAACUGACUAGUAAACAUAGUAUAAGUUCAGCUGAAAAGUAGACUUGUAUAGCAAAAAAUGUAUAUUAUUUCAAGGAAUAUAACAUUGACAUGUUCUUUGAAUAAAACAACACCACUAGUAUUAGUUUGAAGUGUUUUGGAGUAGGUUUCGGAUAGCAAAAUGCUUUGGUUGCUUGGGACGCACAGUUUCAAUUCAUGAAUUUGGACAAUGCUAAUAAUGCUUCAAGGCUGGGACAGAGUUCAAUAAUGGCCUGUUGUGAAAAUGAAUCCAUGGGACUUCAAGAACAACACAGAGUAAGCAAAAAUUUACCCAAAUGUGAAUCUAGGUUGAACUAUCCCUUUAAAGUGUUACCCCCUGCAAUAUUACAGGUGACUUUUAACACAAAAUUAUUUUCUAAAUAUAAUUAAGUAUAAAAUAUUGUACUAAAUACUAAAUAUUGUCAAACUGCAGGAUCAAACACUUACAUUGUGUACCCCUGUCCUUGUACUAGCAUAGCAGCUAAAUGUAAUGUGAAACACUUCUCAGUCAGAAAUCCUUAAUGCAGCACUUUACCACACUAUACCAAGCAAAAUCAUUACCAAUGCUGAGGAGGUCUUUCUUUGAUGAACAAAUUAAAAAACACUGAUUAGAUUGUAAGGAUGAAAGAAAGAAAAAGCUUUAUUAGUAUGAGUGUUUAUGUUCUUCUAUCCGAGAGUGUGACAAUUCUGAUUAAUGGUGCAUUUGUCUUUGUUUGGAUUCCAUCAUGGCCACUGUAUAUUCAUUCUCCCUUCACCACUGAUGCUCUUAGGCAUCAGUGGCUGUCUGUUUUCUUUUCAACUGGCUAAUAUUAGAUGAGGCCCUUCCUCAAAGAAAGACAUCAAACCUCCACAAAAAUGAUAGUUUAACAGGACCUCUGGAUGGAACAGCACACAAUUGUUGCUAAAAUAAGGUGGUUUUACUCUCUGAUAAGAAAACGGACAUCCUUGGUGUAGUCAGAUUUGGAUUACAUGCACUGACAUUUUAGAUUAGGUUUGUUAUCUUCCAAAUUGAGAUAUUUUUAACAUGCUUUAAAAUGUUGUUCCUAAUGACCAGUGUUGUGUACUGUGUUAGUGAAGACUAGCAUUGUUUUAGCUCUGGGGUCCAUAAAUUAGAGUUGUUUUUUAAUGUUUAAUUUCCUAACCAUACUUAAUCUUCACAUUUCUAAAAUUUCAAGGGUUAAAUUGUAGGAGUGGGCCAAAAUGCAAGUACAUCACAUUGGAGACAGCUAUUUGUUCUGUACUGGCACUAUCAUUUGUUCAAUCAAAUUUGAACCAAGAUAACGUGGAUGGGGUGCAUUACUUUUCAAUCCAGUAAAUUUACAACUUCCCUCAUUGCUCCUAAAUGAGAACAUUUUUGAAUUUGAAUUUACUUUGGGUAUAAAUGGAAUUGACCCGAACCAUGUAAUGUACUGUAGGUUGUAAAGCCAACAAGUGUGAGUUGUGAUAGUUGCUUUCAACUGUUUUGAAGAGAAACCAAGCGGAUGUAGUAGAUGUAAUAGCUAUCCUGGGGUCCAUUCCAACCUGUGAUUGUAAAUGUGUUUCGGUAUUGAUGUCACUAAUCAGAAGCCUAAACAGUCUACUGUAGUUCACAUUGAUGAUUUUCAAUGCUCCUCUUCUUUAAGAAAUAUUUAAUUCACCUGCCUACAACUAUAAACCAAUACUGCAAUUUAACCCGAGAAAAUAUUUACAGUGCCUUCAGAAAGUUAAAAUCCCAUUACUUUCUUUACAUUUUGUUGUUUUAUAGACUUCAUUUAUAAUUUAUAAAACUGCCAUCAAUCAAUGCACAAUACAACAAUGAAAAAGCAAAAAUGUUUUUUAGAAAUGUACUGAA